AUGCGACCAAAUUUGAUUCGCCUGGCUGGAAAUUUGUUCUCUUCGACGGGAGCCCAUGGCGACUCAAGGAGGCAACUCAAUCUGGCUAGACCAUUUACGGGUCACCGACCGAUGACUGCAUCGAUGUCUACUUCAAUUCCCAUCGAUGUACUCAAAAAUACGGCAAAGGCAAAAGUCGAAGGUGAAAAGUUUGGUGAGGAAAAGUCACAAAAAGACGAACAAAAUAUGGAGGCUGCAGACAAGCUGCUUGGGUCGAAAAUAGCGAUACCGAGCCAACACCGAGCCCAAGAACACGAAAAAUGGAAUAAAAUCGAAGUGAUGUCUCCCGAAGAGGCUGAAAAGCUCCGGGCGAAGUACGCUCAACAAGCCGAUGACAAAUUGGUGAAAGAACAAGGCUGUGGACCGAAUUCGUUUGUGUCAAAAACCCUGAUUCUUCCAUAUAUUUUGAGGACACGCGGCGCCGAUUUGGAGGGAAAUUCGAUAACUUUGUGUAAUUUUCACGAUCUCUAUUUGGCUAAUCUACUCAAAAAGAAAGGCUGCAAAAACAUUACACUUGUUGAGAAGUCCUUUGACAAUUCACAGAUCAUAAAGGAAAAA